AUGUCGAACGCGGGCGAGAACGCAUCGUUGGACGUCCCGGACGCGGCCGAACGACGACGAGGCCCGCUGGCGAGCUUACAAGGGGUGUUUCGAGCGUGCGAGGAACGACUGAACGACGUCAACGAAUCGUACGCGUUCGAGGUGAAUCCAGAGUAUCGGUUGAAGGUGCGGGCGUCGAUCGGUUCGAGGACGACGGUUGGAAUGACGUACGACGCUCGAGCGCGUCGAUACAGGGUGGCGGUGAAGGGGAAGGCGAUGGUAGAAGACGACGACGGAGAGGCGGCGGAGUCGACGGAGACGGAGGAGACGCGAGGACGCGGAAUCUGGCGAACGAUGAAGAAGGUGGUGAUCGAACCGGAAGAGAAGCGAGUGGAGGCGUACACGCAGCGGUGGUCGUACGGACCGCUGUCGAUCAGGGCGAUCGGGGACUACGACGGAGAGACAAACGAAUGGGGAGUGCGAUGGCAGUUGCAGACGUUUCACAAGGAGAAGAAGAAGCUGCGCACGGCGGAAAUCCCACUCGGUGCGAACGUUCGCGGAUGCGUGCGGUGGGACGUCUCGAGCGCAUCGCCGGAGAUCGAGGGCAAGGUUGGAUCACAAGACAAGUUUUCUCUUGACGUCGACGUGGGGUCGUACGAGAUAAAGGUGCCGCGACUUGAACUCAAAAUCGACAUAUAA